GGAAAGAUGAAGGUCGACAGGGAGAUGGAGAUUCUGCUGAACGAGAUCCCCCUCCUCCACCACGUCGGCCUCCUCGGCGGCAGCGAGGCCGGCGCGGACGACGACGCCGACCUCUCCUUCCUCAUCCACGAGCUCGCCGCGAUGGGCCUCGUCGACGGCGACGACGAGCUGCCGGCGCCGGGCGCUGCCACCGGCUACGGCUUCCCCACGAAAGGCGAGAACCUUGUCGCCAUGCACUCGUUCUCCAUGGCCAGCCACUACGCGCACAUGCGCUCUCUGUUUGUUCCCGUCACCUUCGACGACGCCGCCGCGGCCGACGGCUGGGACAUCCGGUGCUCCCCGCCGCCUUAUGUGCCUCUGCCUUCUCCCGCCACGCCGAGGGCCCGGUGCAAGAGCGUGAGGAGGAAGAACGGCUCGGUGAUGACGACGAGCCCCAAGAAGUGCGGAGCCGCCGCGGCGGCCAAGUGGCACGGCGAGAGCCUGGCCGGCCUGCGCGGGGUCAUGUACCACAUGGCGCGCGACCAGCACGGGUGCCGCCUGCUGCAGCAGAGGCUCGACGACGGCAAGCGCGAGGUCGACUAUAUCUUCGCCGGCGUCUCGCGCCACGCCGCGCAGCUGAUGGUGGACCCGUUCGGGAACUACCUCAUGCAGAAGCUGCUCGCCGUCUGCGACGACGGGCAGAGGAUGACGCUUGUGCUCACCCUCACCGCCGACCCCUUCGCGCUCGUCAGGAUAUCCCUCAACGUCCAUGGAACACGGGCGGUGCAGAAGCUGAUCGAGAGACUCAGUGCAAGGGAAGAGAUUGGUCUUGUCAUGGAUGCUCUGCGCCCUGGCUUCUUGGAGCUCAUCAAGGAUACCAAUGGCAACCAUGUCGUGCAAAAGUGUUUGCAUUCGUUUGCUUCAAACGAUAAUAAGGCGAUCUUUGCUGCUGCUGCACUCCACUGCGUCGAUAUCGGGAUGCAAAUCCACGGUUGCUGUGUCCUACAGCGGUGCAUUGCGCGGUCGCGUGGUGAGCACAGGGACAAGCUGGUUGCCGCCAUUGCUCACAAUGGGUUUAAGCUUGCCGAAGAUGCAUAUGGGAACUACGUUGUCCAGGUUGUACUGGACUUGAAGAUACCAACUGCGAAUUCAAGCCUUGCGCAACAGUUUGGAGGCAAGUAUAUCCACCUGUCCAUGCAGAAGUUCAGCAGCAAUGUUGUGGAGAAAUGCCUGAAAGUGUUCAAGGAGGUUGACAAGGCCAAGAUCAUACUGGAACUCCUUGCCACGCCACACCUGGAGCAACUGCUUCCGCACUGCUAUGCAAACUAUGUCGUCUACUCUGCUCUCAAGAAUUCAAAGGGCUCACUUCAUUCCGCACUGAUAAAUGCAAUCCUACCACAUGAGGAACUACUUAGGACCAGUCCGUACUGCAAGAGGAUAUACUCGAAAUUUUUUCUGAAGAAUUGAUGGCAGGUUUGCAGCUUGUAACAAGAACUGCUGCGCUCUUGUGCUAUUUUUUUUCAGUUUCAAAAGGCAUAAAGAUGAUCAUGAAAUAGAUCUGUAUAAAUUAGUAUUCUUUGGUCAUGUACUCCUAGCUGUACCUGUAAUUGAUGCACGGCUUGUGCCUGGUGCUGCAUAAUCAUCUGGGACGGAAUAAGUUCAAUUG